AUUGGUUAAGAAGUGGCUGACUUCACUCUAGUGGGUUAUGUUGUCAGCCUUGAAAUUUAUGAAGGGGCAGGGCCUGGGCCAUCACUGCUGACUACGGCCUCUACAGAACUCUUCGCUGUUUUGAAAUCGCUUUGUGUGCGCAGGAAAAAUGUCCGAGAAGCUAUUUACCCGCGAAGAAGUGUCCAAGAACAAUGACGCAAAAAGCACAUGGCUAGUUAUUGAUAAUGGAGUUUACGAUGUCACCGCAUUUCUUAAUGAGCAUCCAGGCGGUGAAGAAGUACUGUUAGAGCAAGCUGGUCGAGAUGCAACAGAAUCUUUUGAAGAUGUAGGCCAUUCUUCUGAUGCUAGGGAUUUGAUGAAACAGUACAAAAUCGGAGAACUUGUGGAAGAGGAUAGGAAGCAGCCUCCAGCAAAAGAAAGUCGCUCCUGGGAUUCUGAAGAUGGCAACGGCAGCUCAUUCCGGUCUUGGUUGAUUCCUGUGACUUUGGGAAUUAUCGCGACAAUCCUCUAUCGCUUCUUCAUGGGAAAGUAACCUGCCACUCCCUAAGAUUCCAGUGCAUCAAGGGUGGUAGAGAUGAGUAAUCGCUAACGACCUGGACCCAUUCACCCUGUCACACAAAUUUUGUGUGGUCAGAAGUGUUAAAACAAUUAUUUCUCUUCUCUACUAUCCUUCAUAUUAAAUAUGAUUUCUAACCGUACCCCAAAUCAAUUGUGCUCUUUAUCAUACAUAAUUAUAAAGCUAUGUUAUGGGAAUAUUGCAUUUAAUUCUCAUUUUUUGAGUCUUGUUAUUUGCAGCACAAUUGAAUCGCCUUGCGUUAAAAAGCCAUGUUUGAAACUAUGUGAAAGUUUUCUUAUUGGUGCUUUGUGUCCGAUUGGUAUAAAAACUUUGCAAACUCAAUGAAAUUGGAUUUGGUUGUGAUAACUGAAAAACUAAAUUUAUCAAUAGCGUUAUAGCCAUUCCUUGUAUUUUCAAAUAAACAGAAAUUUGUACUAAAA